AUGACAUCGCAAUCACCAAAACAACAGAUCAUCUUCGAAAAUAUCUUUGAGGAUUUUACUAUUGAAAAGGAUCGUCUUCAGUCGACACCCUAUGAACUAGUACUUAUCAAAAACUCAGAAGACGACCUUCUCGCACAUCUAUCACCAACAACUGUGGCUAUCAUCAUCGAUAGCUUGCCAAUUACUGCACAACUCGUCUCUCAACUACCUUCUUCAAUUAAAGUUAUCACUGAGCUUGGUGUUGGGUAUGACAACAUUGAUGUGAAUAUAUGCCGAGGUCGAGGUAUUGAGGUUUGCUAUGUACCUGAUUAUGGAAUAAAUACUGUAGCUGAUCAUGCAGUUGCUCUUCUCUUCGCUGCUCAACGUCGUCUAUUGACAUUUCACAAUUCAAUCGUUGAAAGACAUCAAUGGAAUAGUAAAGCGGCUGGAAAGUUGCAAGAAUUGAACACAAUGACACUCGGUAUUAUUGGCUGUGGACGUAUAGGAACAUGUUUCGCAGAUAAGAUGCGCCCUUUUGUCAAACAAAUAUUAACACAUAAUUCGAAAGAUCCAACAACAAACACAUUGAAAGAGAUUUUCGAAGAGUGUGAUAUUAUCUCGCUGCAUAUUCCGAUGUCAGCAAUGAAUCAUUAUCUUAUCUCAUCUGACUCGAUUGCUCAAAUGAAACGUCGUCCGAUUCUGAUUAAUGUUAGUCGAGGUGGUCUCAUCGAUACAAAAGCACUUGUUCAGGCAUUGAAAAAUGGACAAAUCUCCUAUGCUGCUCUCGAUGUUAUCGAAGAUGAACCUAAUGUCGACGAAGAAUUAGCUAAACUUGACAAUGUGCUUCUUACUCCUCAUAUAGCUUGGUAUACUGAACAAUCAAGACGAGCCCUGGGAAUGAAGGCUGUCGAAGACACUUUACGAGUGUUGAGAGGUGAACAACCCAUAUACCCCGUCCCUAAAUAA